CUGUCAGAUGAGAAGUCGAACUACUCAGUGAAUACGGCUGCUUAUCUUAUUUUUUCUGUUAUUAACCACUUCUGUCAGAAUUAUCGGAAAACUUUUACCGUGUUACAUUCGCCUUCACUUACGAGUUGCCCAACGGAACCUUUCAUUCAAAAUGGAUAAAGUAGACGAAUAUUUCGAUGUCGCCUUAUCACUGGUUAAAUCUGCAGGAAACCUUAUAAGCGAACAUGUAAACGGAUGUAAAGUGUUUGAGAAGAAGUCCUGUGAUAUUGACCUUGUUACUGAAAUAGAUAAGAAGGUCGAGGAAACACUUAUUGGCGGUUUAUCCAAAAAAUUUCCAACGCAUAAGUUUAUUGGUGAGGAAUCGGUCUCUGGUGGAGCGAAGUGCGAGCUGACUGACGCUCCUACUUGGAUCAUUGACCCAGUGGAUGGUACACUCAACUUUAUUCACGGUUUUCCUCUGUGUUGCAUAUCUGUUGGUCUCGCGAUCAACAAGGAGUGUGUUGCUGGUAUUAUUUACAACCCUAACUUAGGCCAGCUGUUUACUGCUAAGAAGGGUCAGGGAGCAUUCUUGAACGGCAGACAGAUACAUGUAUCUCAAGUCACUGAGCUGCGCAAUGCUUUAGUUGCUUUUGAAGCUGGCACAAGUCGAGAUGAAGAGAGAUGUAGAAUUGUUUUUGAGAAUUACAAACUUGUGGUGAACAAUGGUCAUGGCUUGCGUUCACUGGGCUCUGCUGCAUUGAAUAUGGCAAUGGUGGCUAUGGGUGGGGCUGAUGCCAACUUUGAAUUUGGAAUCCAUGCUUGGGAUAUUGCUGCGGGAGAUAUUUUGGUAAGAGAGGCUGGAGGAGUCUGUAUAGACCCUGCUGGUGGGCCUCUGGACCUGUUAUCACGCCGAGUACUCUGUACUAGUACUGCUGAGUUGGCUCAGGAGCUGUCCAAGACCCUGGUGCAGUUCUACCCAGAGAGGGACUAAGUAAAUCAAAAGUAUAAAUGUAUAAAUUGUGAUUUGUGUAUGUAUGUUCAAACUACAUAACUGUAAAAUGUAAUCUUUAAUGAUAACCUGUCUACGAUGGAUACCUGAUGAAAGUACCUACUUAAGUAAAAUAUUAUAUUACUAACACGGUGGAGUAAUGUACUUAAUUAAUCCUAACAUCUAUUGUGAUCAAGGCACACCUGUGAUUUGUUUUCAUUCUCAGUAUGUCGUAUCAGUCCUUAUAAUUCUUGAAUCCAGUGUCUGGUAUCUUAUGUGGCCACAUAAUAUUAUAAUCAAUGUGUUUUGUGAUAUAGCUCCUAAACUACAAUAUAACUCCUAUAAGCUUUCAGAAUGUUUGCUGAGAACUUUCCUGUUUUAAAACUAACAAAAUUUUGCCGCCAAAGAUGACUUAUUUUACAAAGAUUUUAAAAUUAAACAAGUUAGUAGAUUAUUUUUAAAUUAUUUUAUUCACAUUGUAAUGUUAUUGUUAUAAGGAAAAAGUAUACUACAUCUAUACCUAUUAAAAUAUUGAUGAAAAAAAUAUUUCAUUUGGAAAUUAAUUAGUCAUUUGUAAGUGAUUGUUCUGGACUAUGUAGCAUACUAUAAUCCUAGUAAUUACACACAUCCGAUAAAUAUUUAUGAUCAAAUUGAAUGCCAAACUAAAUUAUGUGAUCGUGCUUACUGAUGUAAAAAAAUAAUUUACCCAGUACUUACUGGGUUUCCCAAAAUUAAUAUCAAGUGUACUAUUAACUUAUUACUAUGACAAUGUUACAAUAAAUUAAAAAUAUUUAUUCAACUAUUACAAAACUAUAGGUAAUUAAAAAUAAAUUUUAAGUUUAAAAUCAAACAGUCUUUAGUCGUAUUUAGCAAAUAUGUCAGUCAUAUUGUCAUACUUAAAUAACUUGUCAUGACGAGAUCUAGUUAUAAAAAUGUCAUUGUUAUUGUCAUAAAAAAUCCUUUUAUGUACCUACUUAUAAGUGAAAUAAUAAAUGA